AUGUCUGUCAUCCGCGAAGCUUCGGGUCUCCAUUGGCCAGAGAACGGCGGACCCCCAUGGCGAGUCAACAACCAAGUCGCGAUCCCGCAGCAUCUCCCCAUCUACCUCGACAACAGCAGCUGGCUAGACGCCUUCCUCUACGCACUCGGAAGAGGCAACAUCAACCAUGAUCCCAACUCGAUCAUGCAUUCCGUCUCAUUCCGGUUCACGGAGAUGAAGGUCUCGCAGGACACGUACAUAUGCGCCAUGUGUCGCCGGUUAUGGGAAGGCCGGACGUUCGAGAACCACCCGUGUGACAACGUCCAAGUUAUCUUUACAUCGUCGUUUUUCGCUAAAUGGGACCCGACACUCCCGGCGACGACGCUGGCAGACGCAGUCACUGCGCUCAAGAUCAUCAAGCCGGAUGCAGAAGCGGGGAAAGCGAACUACGUCAAGAUCUGGAAUCUCGUAUCAGAGUUCAUCAUCUACGUCUUCUUCACAUGCCGCGACUACGUCCGCAUAGACAUGCAUCGGAUAAUGUCCGAAGCCCUGCUCGCCCCCGUCACAGUCAGUCCAGAGCGGCAUCAAGCGAUCGUCCAGAUCCUGACUGGGAGUAUGUGA